UAUCUUUUCACCACACUCACUUACUUUCUGGUCACCAUUUGCCUAUAUAUAUACAACCAUUGGAUCUCACUCUGCAACAUGGAGAUGAAGAUGGAGGCAAAGGAGCAUGUGGCCCAAAAUGGAGAGGACAAGAAGAGAGAGAUUAUCAAGGAGGAGAAGAAGAAGCUUGGAGGAAUCAAAACAAUGCCGUUUAUCCUUGCAAACGAAGCAUGUGACAGAUUUGCUGGCACUGGCUCUCAUGCCAAUUUGAUAUCGUACCUCACCCAAGAGCUGAACAUGCCACUGGUGAAGGCCUCCAACACUCUUACCAACUUUGGCGGCACCACCAGUGUCACGCCGCUCAUCGGUGCACUGAUUGCCGACUCUUUCGCUGGCCGCUUUUGGACUAUUGUCGUCGGUUCAAUCAUUUAUGAACUGGGAUUAGUGAGCAUCACCAUAUCAGCGAUUCUUCCAGAGCUCCGCCCUCCCCCAUGCCCAACUCAAGAAAACUGCAAGGAAGCCUCAUCCCUCCAAUUGUGGCCCCUUUACAUCUCUCUGCUCCUCUCAUCUCUAGGAACUGGUGGCAUUCGGCCAUGUGUCGUUACCUUCGCCGCCGACCAAUUUGACAUGACCAAAUCAAAAGUCGAGUCUCGAAGCUGGAAUUUCUUCAAUUGGUAUUAUUUUUGCAUGGGAAUGGCCUCACUGCUUGCUUUAACUGUCGUCGUUUAUAUCCAAGACAAUGUCGGUUGGGGUUGGGGUUUCGGAAUUCCAACUAUUGCCAUGGUGGUAUCGAUUAUAAGUUUUCUUGUUGGCUCUCCUCUUUAUAGAAAAGUAAAACCAGGAGGGAGUCCACUGGUUAGAUUGGCUCAGGUAGUUGUUGCUGCUUUUAGGAAGAGGAAAGUAGUUGUACCAUCUGACUCUGGACUCUUGUACGAGAAUAGAGAGCUUGAUGCUGCCUUUUCCUCUAAUGGAAGGCUUUUACACUCGGAUCAGUUCAGGUGGCUUGAUCGAGCUGCAAUAGUAACUGAUGAGGAUACAAAGGAUUCAACCCCACCAGAUUUAUGGAGGCUAGCCACAGUCCAUCGAAUCGAGGAACUAAAGUCAAUUAUAAGGAUGUUACCCAUCUGGGCAGCUGGAAUAUUACUAGUAACAUCCUACUCACAUCAACACAGCUUUGUCAUCCAACAAGCUCGAAGCAUGGAUCGUCACUUGUCCCCCUCCUUCGAAAUACCUCCAGCCACCAUGUCCAUCUUCAGUAUCAUCACUGUGCUAAUAGGUCUUGCUCUAUACGAGCGCCUUUUCGUUCCUUUUGCUCGACGAUUCACUGGAAAUCCUGUGGGAAUCUCAUGCCUGCAAAGAAUGGGCAUAGGCUUUGGGGUUAAUAUUCUUGCUACUAUCGUUUCAGCAUUGGUUGAGAUCAGGAGGAAAGCAGUGGCAGCAAGGUAUAACUUACUGGACAGACCAACUUCGACUAUACCAAUAAGUGUUUUUUGGUUGGUUCCUCAGUUUUGCCUCCAUGGGGUAGCUGAAGUUUUUAUGUCUGUCGGGCACUUGGAAUUCCUUUACGAUCAAUCGCCCGAGAGCAUGAGAAGCACUGCAGCUGCACUGUACUGGUUGGCGAUAUCGAUGGGAAAUUAUAUCGGAACCUUUAUGGUAUCAUUAGUUCACAAAUACACUGGAAAGGAAAAUAAUUGGCUACCCGAUAGGAACCUCAAUAGGGGAAGAUUGGAAAAUUACUAUUGGCUUGUGACAAUAUUGCAAGUCGUAAAUCUCGUAUACUAUGUGGUAUGUGCCUGGUUUUAUACCUAUAAACCAUUGGAAGAGGUAAAAGACUACAGCAUGGAAGGAGAUGUGGAGUUAGCUACUGCAAAAGUUCAGUCAAAGCCAUUGAAUGAUGUUAAUGGAAAUGGGGAAGUAGAACAUGAAAGAAAUGAGAAAAAUUAGGAUAAUUUGAGAAAAUACCACACUAUGUACCAUAUAAUAAUUUGGUAGGUGUUCUAUCAGUUAAGUGAAUUAAUUUGCAAUAGGUGAGAGACUAGCCGGAGGUAACGAGUUCGAGUCGCGGAAACAACAUCUUUACAGACAGGGGUAAGACUGCGAGAAUCUAACCCUCCCUAAACUCCACAAUGACGGGAGUCUUGUGUUCCUAGUACGCCCUACCUUUAACAUGAUUAUACUUGGGACUAAGGACAACAAAUCAUUUAUGCAUAAACAGCUAGAAAAUUGUCAAAUGUGAUGCAUCUAUUUCCCAUGGUGGGGGUUUAUCCGCCAACUACUAUGAAAGUUGUUGCUUAUUAAACUUUUCCUCUUGUUCUUAACUAGUUGUUUCCCUUGAUAAGUAUGAAUCAUAUUUUCUCCUUCGGAACAAAAUCCAUUCAAAACAAUAGACGGAUUUUAAACAUUUCGGAUUGUUUUACCCUCUCCAAACCUAGCCCAAAAUUAUCGAUUGGACAAACUCCAAUUUCAAAACUAAUUCAUCACAAUUAACAAAUUAAUUGACCAAUUAGGAGCUUGAACCCCUUUUCUCAAUCCAAAAACCCCAUCAUUGAACUAAUGUAAAGAUUUAACAAUUGAUUAAAUUACAUUCAAGUUUACCACGACCAUGACCUCUACCCCAAAGAUGGUGAUCACAAAACCAUUUUUAAUGAAUUAAAAGACAAAUAAUCAAUCAUUCAAACAUAUGGUGUGCAUGUGUGCGGUUACCGUGUCUAUGCAAAAUAAAGUGAUAAAGAACACAAAUAAUUUGUUUAUGCAGAAACCCCAUUGAAAAAAUUGUGGAACCACUCAGGGCUCACAUAGCCUAAUCCAUUAAACUUAAAGUUGAAUUAAAAGUACUCAAAAACUUAUAUCUCAACUAAUAUCAUGAUUAGAUACUUCUUUCCAUCACAAAUUCACUCACUGAAAUUAUGAGUAGCUUCACUUGAACACAAUCACCAUAAUGGACCAUGUAGAUUCUUCAAGCAAUCUUCUAUGACGCACCCAAGAUCUUUAAUUGGAAUGUACACUUUUCCACAAUCGAUCUUUAAAUUUUCUUGAAUCAAUCCAUUUAACAAUCACUUUAUUAAUUAAGGUAGAAGUGGAAAAAUAGAUUCUUUUUAAGAUAAACUAGGUAAAUCCUUUGCUCUAUUUUUUUUCUUUAAGUAAGAAUAAUGGCCUUAUCCAAAUCUAGGAAUUAAGACACUGCUUGGGGCUUGGCUUCCCAAGAAUAUCCGAAGGACUUGUCGCUAGACAAAAAGUCACUUAAAACAACUCUUUUGGUCUCUAGGAUUUACCUGUUGAAUGAAUGAGAGAAAAAAAAUAUAUUUAUGGAGUGUCUAGUACCUUUUACUUAAGCCUUGUCCUUACACAUAAACCUUUUGCUCGAGUCAUGCCCCUCAAUGCACACCUUUUCCCGUGAGUUAAAUCGCUUCAUAAGGAUCAUGUCCACUUGUGUGACAGAGGUAUGCAUGAUUCACCUCUGUAGUAAGUUUUCAUAAAGGGCAUGCACCUUCAAAAUUGCCCUUAUACUUUGAAAACCAAGAGAAUCUGUAAUUUAUUUCAAUACAACAAAUAGCUGCAAGCAGGAGAGAGAGAGAGAGAGAGAGAGAGAGAGAGAGAGAGAG